UACAACUGCUGCGUUCUCGGAUAAGGAGCUGGUGGUCCAAGUUAAGGUGGUUCACAGUUCACAGUUGACACACACUUUAUAAAUAACUAUUAUGUUAUGUAUGGUUUAUCAUAUCUAUAUAUCAAUUCUUACUUGAGAGCACUGAAGAAUAACAGCAACAGAGUUCUAAUUGCUUAAGUGUUGAGAAAAUCAACAUAUUUUACGAGUAACUCGAAGAUCAUUUUUGCCGAAAACCAACUCCACAGAUAUAAAUAAUGAGUAAGAAAGGAGGAGAGAGUGUGACAAUAGUCCCUCUGAGGCCACUGGAUGACUUUUUAUUAGACUCUGCAAGGUUUCAAAUCCCAAACUUCCAAGAUUUAGAGAAAUGGGGCAAUAGAGUGACAAGUAACUUACUCUAUUACCAAAGCAAUUAUUGCUUGCUUGCAAUUAGUAUUUUUGUUUUAAUCGGAGUUAUUCACCCUAUAAAGAUGAUUGUUGGCUGCCUAACUACAUUUCUUAUAUUUGCAAUAUUUAUCUAUUUAACAAAUGAAAAGGUUGCAGCAGCUCAUUUCAAACAAAAGCAUCCAAUUAUUUCUUUGGCUAUAAUUUUUGGAUCUCUGUACUUAAUUGCACAUAUGUUGCAAAGUGUUCUCGUUUUCUUCUUGGGUAUUUUGCUUCCAUUUUCAGUGAUUUUCGUCCAUGCUUCUUUAAGGCUGAGAAACUUUCGCAAUAAAAUUGUGAACAAAGUGGAGGUCCUUGGUUUACGAAGGACACCGAUGGGCAUAUUUCUUCAAGAAAUGGGUUUAGACAGUGAAGCGUUUUGAGCUCUUCAUGGAGCUUUUGUUUGCAUUUUUAAAACUGUAUGGAAGCUCAAAACGUGGGAAAUAAUAUAUCCAUAAUUAUAAUUGCUUUAAAAAAGAAUCACUUAAUACAUUACAGUAUAAUUUUUUUUAUAUAGUUUAAUAUAUUUAAUUAAUUAUACUAAUUAUGCAUGUUUACCAAAAUACGUAUAUUUUUUGUUUAUAUAGGAAGAAAUGAAACAAGCAAGUCCGAGAAAAUAUAAUUAUGAACAAACAA